UUGAGACUUAUUGAAGUUAAGAGUUAUUAUUUUUGUUAAAGAUUCUUGUGAAAAUAGUAGUUCUUUCUCGUGUUGAGUUGAACUUUAUAARUGAGUUUAAUAACGUUUCCUAUUUGAGUUGUUGGAAAUUUGGGGACGUUAUAGUUGCGUUGGAUCUACUAAUAUAUGAAGUUGUUUCAUUAUUUGUAGAAUAGAUUUAUUCCCUUGUUGAAGGUUUUGGAGAUAAAGUUGUAUAUUUUGAGCUAAGAAUGCUUGUUUAAGGAUUUUGAUUGGAUUUGUUUUGAGUUAAGGAUGAGUGAGAGUGAGUUUCAGAUUCUUUCCAGGAGUAUGCUUGGUUCGUUUCUUAAAUUUGUCUUUGCUGGUUCCCUUUUCCUUUGCAGAAUAUUCACAUGGAAGUAUGGUGGCAUGGCAACGAGCUAUGAUAUAAGAAACAUUGUUGAUAUAUGGCAAACUCUCUGUUUUAUAAUCUUCGUAGGGCUUCCCUGCUUUUGAGAUCUUUGUCUCUGAACCAAGCAUCUUUCAGACCUAUUCUUGGAGUACCUGACACUGUUUUCUCUCAAUUCAAACACUUUCCUCUGCCCAACAUCUCAAAACCUUUCUUGGGAUUUAGAAACUCGAGCCACGGUUCUGUGGAUCUUGUCAUAUCUCAAGGGAAACCGAAAUUUGAAACACAUGAAGUGGAUCCUCCGAAAAAGUAUAAGUGGAAAACUAAGAAAAGGUUGAAGGUUCAGCGAAAGAGAGAGAAGGAGAAAAGAAGAGCAGCAAACAAGAAAGACCCUCGUCUACUACGUGUAAAGGGAAAGAAAAAGCAGAAGUUUUCAAAUGCAGAAGAGAGAAUCAAGCACAAGCUGRAAAAGGCCAGGAUUAAGGAGGCAUUGCUGAUUGAGAGAUUAAAGCGGUAUGAAGUUCCAAUGGUUCAGGGCCCUUUGGUGAAACCAMACAAUCUAACUGCUGAGGAACGGUUUUAUAUGAAGAAAAUGGGUCAAAAGAGGUCUAAUUAUGUACCCAUUGGAAGAAGAGGAAUUUUUGGAGGUGUGAUUCUAAACAUGCACAUGCAUUGGAAGAAACAUGAAACAGUUAAAGUUAUUUKCAAGCCUUGUAAACCCGGCCAAGUGCAUGAUUAUGCACAGGAAAUUGCAAGAUUGAGUGGAGGGAUCGCAAUACAGAUAAUUGGUGAUGAUAUGAUUAUUUUUUAUCGAGGAAAGGACUACGUGCAACCAGAAGUUAUGUCACCAAUCGAUACAUUAUCUAAGAAACGUGCGCUAGAAAAAUCCAAGUAUGAGCAAUCACUCGAGUCUGUACAGCGAUUUAUCGCUAUCGCUGAGAAGGAACUGGAGCUAUAUUACAGGCAUAUUGCACUUUAUGGUGAUCCAAAUGAUAGGAAUCCAYUGUCCAUCUUGGACAUUCCAUCUGACAACUUGAAGGAAUCACAGAAACAUCAAGUUUGUCAAAUGGAAAACUCUGAUUCUACUGCUCUUUGCUUAGCUUCUGAUCUUAUGAACAGGAGAAAUCUCGAUUUGUCCGAUAGCGAAUCAUCAGACAUUGAAGAUGACUCUGCAGAUUCCAACUUAUCUACAAGUGAAUCAGAUUCUGAAAGUGACAAAUUAUAUGAUUCUGAUAAUGGGAGUACAGAAGGAAGUUCAGCUUUUGAGACUAAAUUUGGAUUUCAUAACCAAGAAUUAUAAAUGAUGAUGACAUGAGACCGUAAUCUAGUUUUUUUUGUUCUGCUUCGAUUAGAUGUAUGAUUCAAUGAAAGCAUGAGCUGAUUUAUGUAUAUAUAUAGCAAUAUAUUUUCGGAAGUAUACUAUCUACACAGGAAAUUUUGGGAAGCUGCA